UACAAACGUAGCUGCUCUCCGCGUUGUGUUCGAAGCAAUCAAAAGUGCGAAAGUAUUUUAUAUAUUUUAGACGUUUUGCACAACACAGAGUCAAAAUGUUGCAUAUGGAGAUCAUGGGAGGAUUUAUGAGAUGCAUAUUUGCGGGUGAAACACCAGGAGUAGCGCGCGAACUAUGGGAACGAAUCGAGGAAGCAGUGGGGAUUAAGCGGGAUGAAUAUUACACCGUAUACAAUGGUCGACUUAUGCAUGAAGAUGAUAUCUGUCAUGGCUAUAUGACUAUUGUUCCAAGGACAUUGGGUGGCAAGGGUGGCUUUGGUUCUAUGUUACGUGCGAUAGGUGCACAGAUAGAGAAGACCACGAACCGUGAGGCUUGCAGAGACCUGAGCGGCCGUAGAUUACGUGAUAUAAACGAAGAGAAGAGGCUAAAGGCUUGGAUUGAGAAACAAGCUAAGAGGAAGGAAGAAAUAGCAGAACGUAAGAAGAAGAAACUGGAGAAACUAUGCGCUGAACCAAGACACGAGUUUAAAGACCGGCGUUAUGAGCAGGAAAGAUCAGAGCUGACAGAAAGAGUUGGAGACGCAGUGGAAGAAGGCUUCAAAGCUGCUGUUACAUCUGGUGUAAAGAGAAAAUUGAAAGAGGAUGAUAAACCAAACAAACGCAAAACUAUGUUGGAUCUAGAUAUCGAUUCUGAUGAAUUGGACUCUUCUGACGACAGUGAUAGCGAUAACAUGUCAUCCACAAAAGAAAACAAAACAGCGCAACAAGUAUCAAACGACAGUGGACAUUCUAGCGAUGAAAAUAGCAAGGUCGAUGAAAGCACAACGAUAGAAAGCGAACAUUCCACAAUAUCAACUGAUAAUCACGUGAACAAGAAAGUUCUAUCUACAGAACCAACAGAUACAAAAUGUAUCGACGAAUCUGUUGAAAAUUCAGAAGAAAAAUCUGCAGAAUCCGGAGUAGAAACGAUUACAUAUAAAUAGGACAGGUCGAAUAAAUCAAGUCGCAUUAGGAUAGAUAUGGAUUAGGUGUAAGAUGGAAUUAUCUUCCUUUUUAUAUUAGUUUCAACACGUAAUACUGUAGGUACAUUUUAUGAUACUUCAUCCAGUUUUAGAAUUCAUUAAUUUGUGGGUUAGUAGUGGGUUUUAUAACAGGCAUUCUAUUUGGAAUGUCUGGUUUUCAUAAUAAUAUUCUAGAAAUAAUUUAACAAUGUAAACAUGAAACUAUGAAUACAUAUUUUUCU